AUGCUCGAGCUCCACCGCGGGCGCUUCGUGGAGUGGACGCCGAGCGCGGUGACGGCGCUCGCGGUCGCGCCCGGCGGCGCCCUCGUCGCGUGCGCGCGCGAGAGCGGCGCGAUCGAGGCGUACGACGGCGAGUGGCGGUGCGUCGCGCGCGUCCCGGGAAGCGCGGACGCGGCGACGAGCGCGCUGGCGUGGUGCGAGGCGUUCGCGGACGACGACGGGGCGACGACGCGGGACGAGGAGGCGGCGGCGGCGGCGACGAAAAAAGAGGAACGACGACGCGAACGACGACGACGAGGAGGCGCGGACGCGCGAAGAGCGACGCUGCUGAGCGCCUCGCUCGAUGGACGCGUUCGGGCGUGGGAUCUGGCGACGGGACGGACGACGAGCGAGACGGACAGCCGAGGAGGGGCGAUUUGGGCGAUGGAGGCGCAGCCGAGGACGCGGACGAGAAGAGGCGACGCGCAGCUCGUGGCGAUCGCGUGCGACGAUGGGUGCGCGAGAGUGCUGACGAUGGUGGCGGGGAAAGACGUGGGAAGCGGGUUGGCGCAUAAACGGGCGUUUCUGCGAGUGCAGGGUCGAUUGCUGAGCCUGGCGUGGCACCCGAGCGAACCGCUGUUGGCGUGCGGGUCGUCGAGAGGCGCGGCGCACGUCAUGGAUUGCGUCAAUUACAACGAGCUGAUGCGCGUGUCGGUGUGUAAUAUUCCUCACGGGGCGCAUGGGAUACUGAACGCCGGAGAUGAGCACUGCGUGUGGGCGCUCAAGUAUCUUCCGGACGGGACGCUCGUGACUGGGGAUUCGGAUGGCGCGGUGACGUUUUGGGACGGGAAGUUUUCCACCGAGUUGGUGCGAUACCAGCAGCACAAGGCUGACGUGCUCGCGCUUGCGACGACUCCGAGUGGGAACAAAGUGUUCGCCUCGGGUGUGGAUUCGCAAGUGGCGGAGUUUGAAAAGCUCGACGAGCACUUGGACAAGGAGGAGGGAUACAAUCAGUGGACGUACACGACGAGUAAACGACCGCACACGCACGACGUGCGCGCGCUCGCCAUGCUGACGACGGGCGCGGACGACGAGGACGGUAUAUUAAUUUCGGGUGGUAACGACGCGCAACUCUUAGCGUACAAUGCGGGGUCGUUUAGGAAGCAGCAUCCGGUGCGCGUCGUGAGCGUGCCGCAGCGAACGCCGAUUUCCAUCACGAGCGUUGGGGGACCGAAUCCGCCGCUUCUUCUCGCAGAGCACGCAAAAUGGUUAGACAUUUGGCGCAUUGGUGAAAGUCGCAAGCGCGCGGAUAAAAAAGAAGGCACGAUGAAGCUCGCUUCGGCACCGGCGCACGUGUUGCGUGCCGAGCUUGCGGGGACGCGGCACAUUUUAUGCUCGGCUAUUUCACCAAAUGGUAAAAUGAUCGCGGUAAGCGACGUUCACAGCCUGAGACUGUUCGAUAUCCAAUCACCAAAAGAAGGCGACGACGACUUGACGUGGUCGAUUCGUCGUCAAGAACCCCCAGCGGGCGUGACUUCGGCUCAACUUCUCGCGUUUGCGCCCGAUGGAAAGCACCUCACCGCCGUGUCGAAUUCGGGCGCCGUGUACGUCAUAGACCUCGAGGACUGGGUGGUUUCGAACGUCCUCAAGUCGCACUUGCCAAAGCAAAGCGCCGCGGCCGAGGCUCUCGCGGAGGCGGUGCGUCAAUCGAGUCAAGGCGUGGAAACGGUUACCGCAAACGACAUCGCGGUUCCCGUGGUGAGUCACCUGAGAGUGAGUAGCGACAACCAAUGGCUCGUUGUCGUCACCGCGCGCGGCGGUGAUGAAGCCGAGCGCGCCGUGGAUGGUUUGGCGCCAUCCUUCGGUGGCGGUGUUCACGUAUACAACUUCGAUACGAUGAAGCUUCACGUAUCUUUACCUCCCCCAAAGACGCACGCGUUGUGGCCGCCGAUUUCGUCCGUCGCGGUGAGCGCCGACGGUGUCUUGGCGCUCGCCGGCCCUUCCAACGCGCUCUUUACGUACGACAUCGACAGCGUGAAACCGACAAAGUGGAGCGCCGCGCUCGCCGACGCCGGCGUCGACGCUCCAACAGCACUUCGCGAGAUGCCCGGCCAGAUUUGCGGUUUGAGCUUUGAUCCAAAGUCAAAAAAGUCAGUGUUGCUCGCGCACACGCCCACCGCCAUCGCGCGGGUGGAUUUGAACGCCAAAAUCACCGACGACGCGACUACAACGUCCAAGAAAAAACGCAGACGCGAGCGCGAGCGUGGGGCUCCCGAAAAUUACGCCACAAGCGACGCCCCCGGAGGCGUUCGCGUCGUUAAACUCGACAACCCGUGCUUGUAUUUGGGUUACGCCGGCGUGAACAAGGCACUUUUGAUCGAGCGUCCGUGGGCCGACGUACUCAAGUCCUUGGCGCAGCCGUUGUACAGGCAUAGAUUCGGCACCUAA